AUUGUGAAUACGGCGUUCAACUGGAAACCACCACUCUUCCAGCCUUGGCACCAAAGUGGCGCACCUCGACAUGUACAGCUGAAGAGGAGCGUGUGCCUUUGAACAUGCGUGAUUCUCAAGCCACAUAUUCUGGUUGAGUGACUAGCCUGCCAUCCAAUCGCCAUCAUGAUAGCCACGGGUGGCCUCCUGCGCAUGAACAGGCGCCAGGAUUCGCUCCGUUCUAAAAACCGAGCGGAAAACAAACGGAAGCGGAAAUCAAAGAAAAAGAAGAAGAAUGAUGUGGUGGUGGUGAAGGGAAAGCUCAAUCUGUGCUCUCCGGCCGGUUUGGUGGCUGCUGUUGGAGUCAUAGUCCUGAUGGUGGGGAUCUCCAUGGCUGUACUGGGCUACUGGCCAAGUCAGAACCAACAGGAGUACCAGGAGCGACGCAGAACUGGAGCAUACUACACUAACAGAAUGAGCUACUCCAGAAGUUCACCUUUUUCAUCUAAUCUAACAACUGAUAAACCUCCCCUCGGCCAGACGAAGUUACUCAACCAGAGCCAUGCUAACAGCAGUACCCCUGACCCCGCCCCUCACUGUGGCUUCCUCUGUGACUUCCUGAAUAAUUACUUGUACUCAGACAAUCUGAAAGUCUUCGGACCGCUAGUGAUGGGAAUCGGCAUUUUCCUCUUCAUCUGUGCAAAUGCAGUACUGCAUGAAAAUCGAGACAAGAAAACCAAAAUCAUCAACCUGAGGGACAUCUAUUCCACAGUUAUCGACCUACACAGCAUCCGGUCAAAGGAGUACUCCCCCCUCAAUGGCAUGGUGAACUACACUCAGUCUAGGAGCGCUGAGGGACCAUCUGGCUCAUACCCUGCGAGUGGGGGGCUUACUCGCAGCUCUUGGCCCUCCACUGGACUUAGUUUUCAGGGCGAGUUAGGUGCUGAUGAUGUGUUUAGACGUCCAUCUCUGGCCAGCAGGCCUCGAAGCUGGUCCAGAGACGUCCAGACCUUCACAGACACGGUCUACAGCAUCUACAAAGACUACAGCAAUAGUACUGAGCAGACCCCACAGCCCAAACAGUGGGAGACCACAUCCAUUGUCACCUCCUCUGUAAAUGCCUUCACUCUCCCUGUCAUCAAACUCAACAACUGUGAGGUAGAGGUGUCUGAGAGGGCGGAGGCAGAGGUGGAGGCAGAGGCACACUCAGAGGAAGUUAUCAUUGAGACUCCUGCUGAAAAUCCCAGGGAGGAGGGAGAAGCCAUCAGCAGCCGGACUACAGAGAUUGAAGAGACAGACUCCAAGGAAAAGGACGCCUCAUCAAUGGACUACCCCCCACCUCCGCAGAGCCAUGAGAACAUAUCCACUGACACAUGUGACCAACAGGGGACGCCACAGGCACAGACUCAGCCCCAACCCCAGUGGGCCCAGCUGUUUCCUCCAUCACCUGUUGCCAGGGCGAUGGGGUCACGGCUGUCGCUCAACUCUCUCACAGAUCAGCCCAGGCCUGCACGCCGCUGCAGCCUGUCUGUGACUGCUUGUCGUCAAGGCGACAGAGCCAGGCGCUUCAGCUGCCCUCGUCUGGAGCGCUCUAACAGUAAGGGCUACAUCAAACUAACGGACCUAGGGGGCGAGUCUUUCGAAGCCCCCGACACGGACACUUCUUUAGUGGGCGCCGAACAGGAAGUAGCAAUGGACGCAGCUGAAAAAGAUGCUCAGGGAGAUGAUGAAGAGUUGGUGACACCCAGCACGUCUGCAGAAUCCUAAACUUUUACUGUUGAGCCUCUGGAAACUCUUUGAUGUCUUGUUCUUUGCAUUGUCCCUUCUCUGCUUGCUGAUGUGAUGCUUCUGAAGAAAAGGAAAUAAUGGAAGUAAGCAGCUAAGGACUAUUGAAACACAGCCAUGAACACUUAAGGGCAAGGCUCUUUAUAAAUACCACAUCCACAGCUCAAUAUUCAGAUGUAAUUUUUCUAUUUUUUCAAUGUAGCAAGAGCAAUAUUAAAGACUUGUAAGAAGAUUUAGUAAAGAUUUGUAAAAAAAUAAAUAAAUAAAUAAAUAAAUAAAUAAAUAAUAAUAAUUAAAAAAAAAAAAUUAAAAGAAAGAAAGAAAUCCUAGACCAUCCUUCCUAGGUAAUGAUUUGAAAAGAUAAGUUUUGUUUUGUAUACUGUAAGAGUAGGGCAACAAUUGUAGCUUGUAGAAUUGCCAAAACUGUCACUGAGAACUGUUGUCACCAUGUCGUACUGUAGCAUUUACAUAUGCCACAGAAAAAAACUAAAUAGUUUAGAUUUGUUCCUCUGCAUUGUUAUGUGAAUACCAUGUGGAUAGGUGAGUUGAACUGAAUCUCAGGUAGACGUUAUGGUUUAGGAUCGGGGACCUCCAGAACAAGGUCUUUCUUAUGUGCACACUUGUUUGUAUGAACAUUCCUGAUUGAAUAAAUUUGACUGUAACACUUGC